GAGGAAAUAGGAAUCCCUUGAACAAAAUAAACUGCCAAGCAACAAGAGACACGUACGGCCACACAGAGAAUGGCGAACAACGGCAGCAGCAGCCGCCGCGCGGACGGCGACGUCGGCGCCACCCCAUCCCGAUGGCGUUUCUUCCGGCCAUCGGCUGGCACGCCGCUGGCGGCCGCCGGCAGCAUGAGCAUCCGCUCGGUUCUCAACCGUCUCAACUCGUCCGUCGACGCGUCCGGGACGCGCCCCGUCGUGCCGCUCGGCCACGGCGACCCCACCUCCUCCGCCUGCUUCCGGACCGCGCCGGAGGCCGAGGACGCCGUCGUGGACGCGCUCCGCUCCAGGAAGCACAACGGCUACUCCCCCACCGUCGGUGUGCCCCAGGCGCGCAGUGCUAUUGCAGAGUACCUGUCUCGAGACCUCCCUUACGAGCUUUCACCAGAUGAUAUAUACCUGACCUCCGGAUGCGUGCAAGCCGAGAUCAUGAUCUCUGUCCUUGCCCAGCCGGGGGCUAACAUCUUGCUCCCGAGACCCGGGUUUCCGAUGUACGAGUCGCGGACCACAUUCAGCGAGCUAGAGGUUCGAUAUUUCGACCUCGUCCCCGAAAGAGGCUGGGAGGCAGACCUCGAGUCUGUGAAGGCUAUUGCUGAUGAGAACACGGUUGCGAUGCUCAUAAUCAAUCCCAGUAACCCUUGUGGGAGUGUCUACUCACAUGAUCAUUUGGCCCAAAUUGCAGAAACCGCAGGAGAACUUGGCAUAUUGAUAAUUGCUGAUGAGGUAUACGACCACUUGGCAUUUGGAAUUAAGCCUUUUAUACCAAUGGGCGUUUUUGGCAAUACGGUCCCAGUCAUCACCUUGGGAGCUAUAUCUAAAAGGUGGCUUGUGCCUGGUUGGCGACUUGGCUGGAUCGCAACGUGUGACCCAAAUGGCAUCUUAAAGGAAACCAAGAUUGACCAGUCAAUUCAAAACUAUAUUAACAUCACAAGUGAUCCUGCAACAUUCAUUCAGGGAGCAGUCCCUCAAAUUAUAGCCAACACAAAGGAAGAAUACUUCAAGAAAAUUCUUGAUUUAUUAAGAAACUCGGCAGAUUUAUGUUACGGUAAAAUAAAGGAUAUCAGGGGCAUUACAUGUCCGCACAAACCGGAGGGAUCAAUGUUUGUGAUGGCUAAGUUGGACCUCUCUUGCUUGGAUGGCUUUUCUGAUGAUGUAGAUUUCUGCUGCAGGCUGGCAAAAGAAGAAUCUGUAAUAGUUUUACCAGGUACUGCACUGGGAAUGAAGGAUUGGGUUCGGAUCACUUUCGCCAUUGACCUGCCAUCUCUUGAGGAUGGCCUUGAAAGGCUGAAAUCUUUCUGCGAGAGGCAUGCUAUAGUAGAGGCCUAAGCUCAAAGAUGAUUGAGCUUUUACACUGCUGUGGCGAAUCGCCAGCUAUGCGUUGGAUCGCCCUAGUGUUGUUUUCAAUAAUCGCUUCUCUUUAUGUCACCACAAUGAAGAUAUUUAGCGUUUCACACAUAUUUUGUACUCUUCCUGGUUGGCUCAUACCGGUUUGUAAGUGGCAUACUAUCGAAGAAUGGUGUAAUUUGUAACCAUUAUUGGUUACAGAUGAUUUAAGGGUCAGUAUUUUCCAGCUUU